AUGGCCGGCUACAACUCCAUGCCCCCACUCUCCGUAACGGCUGGCUCCAACUCUGAUGCCCUCGGCCUCGGCGUCAAUGUCAAUGUGAACCAUCCGAAUCCCGGCGGCGGCCUGAACAUGGACGCUUUUGACCAGGACAUUGCCUUUGACGAAGCUCUUCUCGACAACGUCAAUGGCCUGCCAUUACCGUUCACGCCCUCUUACGACUUCGAGACCUUCUCCACCACUUUUGAAGACCCGUUCCCCUACUCUGUCGCGGCUAGCGGCCGGCCCUAUGAGCUGGCGCCACACAAUGGGGACGGCUUCUUGCAGUCCGCAUCACCGCAAGAUGAGGGCCUGGACAACAAACUGCUCAGCUUCGCCGCGCCGGUUGUCAAGGCGGCCGUCGUCGACGAGGGCGGCCAGUUUUCCGAGCCCGCCAUGACCGCCGAGCUCUUUGGCAUGUUUUUCUUGGCCGAGGAUGUCUACUCGGCCGAAAACACUGGCCGCCCACUCGAACUCACCUGCUACCGCCGUAAUCUCUGGUGGUGCUCAGGCCAGAUCACGCUCCCACGACAAGUCACGCAUAUCGUCACAGACCAGGGCCAGCACGUUGCGGUGCACGAGCUUGCGGCGUCCAUUUCGGCAAUCGAGAGCAUCGAGGGCAAGACGACUGAGAUUAUCUGCAUCCCCUGGAAGAGCACGGCAGCCAACAGUGGCGCCAACAACGGCAGCAGCGCACCAAGCGACGACUCCAAAAUCGCUGGUUCGCCACCAAACGUGCCCAUCGACCUAGCCAACGGGCAGGAACUGGACAACGGUCUUGUGUCUGUCCCUGUGUCCUGGAAGCGCUUACAGUUCAAGCACGCUACCGCCAAUAACGGUCGUCGCAAGGGCCAACAGCAGCAUUACGUCGUGCAGAUCAACCUGCUCGGCCGCAUCCAAGCCGAAGUUGAUACGAGCGGCACCGCUGGCAGCGACAAGGGCGAGGAGGGUGAGUGGGUCAAGAUUGCCGAGAUCCAGUCUGGACCCGUCAUUGUCCGCGGCCGCAGUCCACGCAAUUUUGUCAGUCGCCGCGACGUGCCCCUGACUGGCACCAGCACGGCGGUUGAUAAGAAGCAACAAAUGCAGCAACAGCAGCAACAGCAGCAACAGCAGCAGCAGCAGCAACAACAACAGUUGCAACAGCAGGUGCAACAGCAGCAGCAGCUCGAUCGUCAUUCAAUAUCCUCCACCAACACGCUAGAAGCUGCGAUGCACCAGGGCCAGCAUCGCAGCAACAGUAACGGCAUCGACAUGGCACAGAACUUCCAGGGAUACAACCUGCUCGGAACCAUGCCGCAACCGAACGAUUGGUCGCAGCAAUACGGUCAAGUACAGGCCCAGGCUCAGGCCCAACUCCAAGCGCAACAGCAAAGCCCACAUCCCGCCAAGAAGAUGGCCCUCUCCCCGACCCAAACACGGCCACCCGUCCCUGCGUGGAACAGCGAUUCGACGCCGUCAAGAUCAACAAAAGCCCAACAGCAGCAGCAGCAACACCAACAACAACAGCAGCAGCAGCAACAACAACAACAACACAACCUGGUACAGCGCUCCAACAAUGCCGCUGUUCCCCUCAACCUCUCCUUGUCUGAAGAUGAGCGCAGCCCGUCUAACCGGGCCGGUGCCGAUCGUCCUUCAAACAGCCCACCUUUUUCCAAUGUGGUCGCCGGCAGUGGAAGAACCACCACGACAAUCGCCCUUCCGGCGGUAUCCACAUCCGCAUCCUCGGCCGCGACCGGAAACAAUACAGCCGGCGCUGCGGCGGCUGCGGCUCAGAGCGAUUCGUUUGAAAACGGCGAGCUUCUCUACGAAUAUUUCCCGCUCAGUCUGGAUGAUUGGAUGCCACCUGUCGACGCCAUCUACCGGCCGCAUGUUGUGCACCACACGGUCGUGCCCCCCGAAGUGAAAGCACAGCAAGUGCGUAGUAAGACGAAACGGUACUUUGCAGCAGAAUAA